UGGGCAUGUCUUCGGAAGAGACCCCCGCAGCAGGGUCGUUCCUGUGCGCCAAUCCUGGGAACCCGGUGGUCACCUGUGGCCUGGACCCCAAGGGCCUGACUACAGGGGGGCCCCCCUUGCUGGGGAAGCCCCGCCUCCUGCUCUACCAGACGACCUCCGGAGACUACGGGGCGGUGCCCCCCACCUCCCCGAUGGCGCCCUGCCGCUUCUGGCCUCGCGACAACUCCUUCACCGUCUACCAGUCGGCCUGCGGGCGCAGCCAGCUCAACGGCAUCAACACCGGGGUCGAUAAGAGCAGGGUCAUCGACCACAAAGACCUCGUCAACACCAUGUGACCUAAGAGUCCCAGGGGUCCCCCUUGCCCCAAUAAAAUACCUUCAAAGGUG